AGCAGAUCGAACUUCAACAAAUACCCCAACAGCUCACUUCAAUUUCCUUCAAUGACGCGGGUGAGGAAGAAGACGAAAAAGACCGGGUCGAUCUUGUUGUCCAGACAUCGCGGUUUGCGAGGUGGUGGGCCAUCAGUCAUAGCUUCAAGGCCUUUUUCCAACACGUCAUCUUUAUCGUCAAAGGUCGGAAGGACUCUCAUUCGGAGUCAUCACACUUUGCAAAAGAGGCUCUCGCAGGCUCUGUCCAAAAAUGAUACCGAAACUGCAAACUCUAUCCGAGCGGAGAUCGAGGCAAACGGUGGGAUUGAAAGGUAUCAGCAGGCAAGCGUGUGCGGUCAAGAUAACCAACGAGGAGGGGAUUCCUCAAAAGUAUUGAUCGACUGGUUAAGGGAAACCAUUCGAUCAUCGCCAAAUAAAAAGGUCACGAACAAAAAGCUACGACUCCUUGAGGUGGGGGCUCUAAGCCCUGACAACGCGUGCUCAAGGUCGAGCCUAUUCGACGUGACGCGAAUCGACCUCAAUUCACGGGAUCCAAGCAUUGAGGCACAGGACUUUAUGGAUCGACCUAUCCCCACUACCGACGGGGAGAGGUUCGACAUCAUCUCACUGUCUCUCGUGCUAAACUACGUGUCUCUUCCAGCAGCGCGUGGGGGAAUGCUUGGGCGGACAACAGAAUUCCUGCAGCACACAUCAUUGGAAGGGGAGGAGGGGAAGGGGCGGGAAAGCCGCCUGACGGAACUAUUUCCAUCGCUAUUCCUUGUUCUGCCUGCUCCGUGCGUCACGAACUCCCGUUAUCUGGAUGAGAAGCGAUUGGAGGAAAUGAUGGGAAAUCUAGGGUACCGGUUGGCUAGGAGGAAACUUUCAGCCAAACUGAUAUACCAACUCUGGCGUCAUGUUGGCAAAGUUCAAUCGUCAGGACGGCAGAAGGAGUUCAACAGGAAGGAGGAAGUGAACCCGGGGAGAACGAGAAACAACUUUGCCAUUCUGUUCCGAUAA